AUGACUGAGUUCUGGGUUUGUUUUAGCUGCUGCAUAGCAGAACAACCUCAGCCGAAACGACGGCGACGAAUUGAUCGUUCCAUGAUUGGGGAGCCAACUAACUUUGUCCACACCACACACGUGGGCUCAGGCGACAUGGGCCUUGGACUGGCAUCAGUGGACAUUGAUCUGAAGGAUCCCAGUUAUAGCAAGAAAUUCUCUGGUGGAUACUACUGUUGGUGA